AUGGCCAACGAUGAGCAAGACCGCGACCGAAGCCCAAGGGCUCAGGCUUCAAGCCCCAGCAAUAGCAUCACUAUCAACGACGGUUCGCGUCCUCAGACAGCCCAUCGCGUCUCACACGGACAUGACGAGCACGAGGCCACCGAGACAUCAGACAUGACUGACGAUACAGUCGCCGACACGUCGCAAGCGUAUGCACAGACAACAAAUUCGGCCACAGAAUCAGUGGCAUCUCCACACGACAUCGCCAUCACAGUCGAUGAUACGCAUGCGAGAUCCCAGACUAGGACAAACCCGCAGAGCAACCCCCCGGCCUCAACAAGCCACGACGACUCCAUGCUGCUGCACCGCCCUGGACAUACUGCCCCUGAGACCAGCUACUUCGACCCUAUCUCUGUCGAUCUCACCCGUGCUCACGACGAUUCAUUAACCGAGGAGGACGUUAGACGCCACUUGGGAGACGUGGAGUCUAGUUUUCUGCCCGCCUUAUCGCCCAUUCCUACCGCAUCCACGAACCUGGCUGGAGGUGUCGACGACACGUUCCAGUUCGACUCUCCCAUAAAAAAGCCUGCCCCUCAGCCAGCGCAACAACAGCAACAGCAGCAGGAACAGUACCAGCAUCAGCCGGAGGACGACCAAGAUGUAACUGGAACCAUAGAUACUUCCAACUUUGAGGCCUUCUCUUCAUCGCCCACCGCCGCCGCUACUAGGAGGACCAUAUCGCGCGCUGUGAGCAUGGCAAGCCAGUCUGGGGAGAAUCACAGCACAAGCUACGACGAAAGCGAGAACCAGGAUACCGAACAGGAAAGCUCACAAGUGUCUAGCGCUGGCGAUAACGAAGCCCCUUUAUCGAGAACUCAUUCCCUGACCGAUAAGGUUGAUGCUGGCAGCACCCCCGGACAAGCACUGCGAAGUCGACGACCCAAAUACUUGCGCAGUCGCUUUGGAAGCCAACGCUCAUCCACGUCUUCGUUUGCAACAAACCCUGAUUCCCACGAGGGAAGUGACAUGACUGUUGGCCUCGGUACUGAUUACGCUCUUCAGUCCGGAGGUGCAGUUCCUGCGAUGGGUCUAAUGCGGAACCCAAGCAACCCAAUGCUACGGACCAUCAGCAUAGGGAGUAUGGGCAGCGUUGGAUCGGUAUUUGGCGCUGAGGAUUACACCGACAGUUCAUUACCGCAACUCGAGCCGCUACCCGAAGUCGAUAGUCCCGAACGGCCGCGACCACACGAUUUGCUUUCUACGCCAAAGCCAUCUAAGGAAGGGUUCACUACGGCGCCUACGGAUACUGUUAUUGCGCGACACGUUAGAAACGUCCAGGUACCGGAGUCUCUGGCCAAAGAGUACAAGUACAAAGGCGGUCUGGAAACCCCCCGUCAACCUUCAUCAAUCGCCAUGGGGUCGGUGACUACAGCCCGAUCCGGAAAGAACCUGACCCUCAAAGAGCAGAGUAGUACGAUUGAGAGGCUGUCCAAGGAGAAUUUUGAUCUGAAGCUCAAAGUUAUGUUCUUGAGCGAUCGUCUGGAUAAGCUAUCAGAAGAGGGUAUCAAGGAGAUGAUUUCAGAAAAUGUUGACCUCAAGACUGGCCUUGCGGUACUGCAGCGCGACAAUAAGGUUCUACGAAGAAGGGUUAAAGAAUUGGAGAAACAGGUCAGAGACGAAGGGGAGCGACCAAGUACCUCGUACAGUGGUACAUCAUCGACAGACCAAACGGCCCGAAUGGGAGAAGAGGAGCGGGAAGAAGAGCUCAUCUUCUUGCGGGAACGGGUUGAAGAGUAUGCGGAGGAGAUUGAGCGACUGCGGUCGGAAAGUUUAACCAAGGAGAAUGAGAGACGGAAGUUUGCGGACGUCGUUAGGUCGCUGGGUGAACGAACGAGCGAAAACAUGGAGAGACAAGAAGAAGCCGAUGUCUGGAAGGAUCUCCUCGAACAGGAGACCGCGCGUAGAGAACAGGCCGACGACGAAAACAAGCGACUACGAGAGGAGGUGUUCAGACUGAAGCAGGACGUGUCCUCUCUUAAUGGUGGACAGGGAGGUUUGCAUCAUACCACAAACAUCUACAACAUCACCAAAAAGCACCGUGAUGGUAACCUGUCACCAACCCGGCCUGUCUCUCAUAUGUCGAACGAUAUGGAAAGCUCGAAUGGCAACUUCAGCUCGGCUACGACCCUUGUUGAUGAGCUUCGCCGAGAGAGUGAGCAGCUGCGCCAUGAAAAUGCUGAGCUAAGGCGCGAGGUUGGUGCGCAAACAUCUAUGCUGACUUCGAGGAACCGCGAAAAGGAGCGCCUCUACCAGGAGAUUGAGGAUCUCAAGAUGGCUCAGCGACGAGGUCGGCCCGCCCCUUCAACUAUCGACAGCCUUCUCGACCGAUCGGCUUCACAGGUUGGUGGUCACGAUAGACCUCAAUCGCGCGGUAGCAUGCGAACGCGGACUCAAAUCGAGGAUGAGGUCGAGCGAGAGGAGAUUGAGAACAAGAUGGCCGAUAUGCGCGACAAGAUCAGCGAAGUCAAGCUGCAGAAUCAAGAGUUGCAGCGCGAGCUUGAGAUCUGCAUGGAGGACUUUGAGACUGCUAUUGACGGCAAGCGACAGGCUGAAGAGGCGGCGAUAACUCUCCAGGAGGACCUCAACAACGCCAUGAACGAUCUUGUGGCCCUACAAUCCGAACGCGACGAAGCUCUCCGCGAACAAAGCGAGAUGGAGAACGAGUUUGAAUCGCUGAGGAAGGAGGCGCAGGAGGAGAUUGAUGCGUUGGAGUCAGAGGCCGAUCAACAAGCCGAAGAGAUGCAACGAGUGCAAGCAGACCUUCAGGACCGCUCAGAAAACUUUGACGCCUUACAGGAAGAGAUGCGCAAGAUGAGUGAGGCCUUGAUACGACUUGAAGACGACCAGGAGAACAAGUUGCGCCGUAUCCAGCAGCUUGAGCAGGAGCUUGAUUCAUCCAACAAGGAGCUUGAGGAUCUAGAGCAGAAACUCAUGGAAGCCAACGACAAGAACCAGCGUCUAUCUGUGCAACAAGAGUCAUCUCAAGGGGAGAUUGCAUUCCUACGGGAAGAGCAAGAGGGCGAUAAGAUCCGGAUUGGAGACCUUGAGGCUGCCAUGGCCAACGCCGAGCAGAGCAUACGUGAUGAAAAGGAACGAGUCAAGGAGUUGGAGAACCGUCUCCAACAGGAGCGUCACCAGCGCGAGAUCGUGGCAGACCAAGAGAAGGAGGAGGUGCAGCAGUUCGUCAAUGAGCUCAACAGGGAGGCUUCGGCUGCCAAGGAUGAGGCGCGUCGUCUGCGUAAGAACCUGACGUCGAGAGAGGUUGAGGCGACGGAGUGGAAGGAGAGGCUGAUGGAGCUCGAGAAUAACCUUCGUGAGGCUCUGGGUGACCUCAACGGUACUCGUUCUUCUCUCCUCAAGUCUAUUGCCAAGUUACAACGUGAGCUCGAAAACACAAUUCGAGACCUUGAUGCAAGCAAAGCAGCCCUGGUGGAGAAGGAUCGUAUUAUUAAGAUGCGUGAUUCUUUGCUUGAAUCUCAUGCUCUCGAGAGUCGCAAGCUUGCUGAGCUGCUCGAAAAGGAGCGCCUCGCCCACAGAAACACAAAGUCACAGUACGAGACUUUCCAGAAAUCACACCAGCAUCUUACUCGCACCGCCAGCAGUCAGGAUAUCCGUAUUGCUGAGCUGGAGACGAACAAGAGCUCGGAUCGCAGAAAGAUUGCAGUGCUCGAGCAAACAGCACGAGAUCAAUUGCAGGAGCGCAACGAGUUGCUCCUUCAACUGUGGCACAAGCUUAGCCACUUGUGUGGUAGAGAAUGGGUUCACGGUAACUCACUUAUUGAUCGCCAGGUUCUGCCAUCGAUCGAGGUGAUUGCAAACAGACUGCCCAGCUUCACUAAGAACCUCAUGGCUGCGGUCAAGGCUAUCGAGAACAUGGUCGGAUCGUUUGAAGUGCGGAUCAAGUCAGUGGAGCGCGAUCUGCACCGUGAGUACCAGAGUCUCGAGAGCAAUCUUGAGACACGUACCAAGAAACUGGAUCGCCUGGAGACGAUGGUUAGAAACUCUAUUGCUACCGGCACAAUGAGCCAUGAUGCUCGGUACAACCGUCUAGAAGAGGCGUACCGCCAACUCAAGGUUGAGAACACCACACUGCGCACCGCUAACGACGUGCGAGCGCGCGCAGCCCAUUCAGCAAGAGACAGCUCUGACGCUCUCGUCCCGCACUCACCGUCACCAUCCGUCCCGCGCGGCCCAGGUGAUCAGAAUCGUGACCGCACAAGUCGUUCCAGAUCACGCUCGACCAUGACAAGGGCGCACACCACAAACGCCAUCCCAGGGUCUUCCGCCGGCGGUGUCGGCCUAAGGGACAUGGCAUCCCUCAGCGAGGAAAACGCCAGCGGGGCCAACGACAACAGGUGGCUCUUCCGCCUGCGCGACAUGGAGUACAAGCUCAAGAUGGAGCGCGAAGGGCGGAACCAGGACCGGCACUCGGCGAGGCAGAGACUGGGAGGCUUGGAGAUGGAGAAUAGGGAUUUAAAAGAGCGUAUGAAGAGGGCUUUGGGGGACAUCGAUUGA